GAGAACCCGCGCUUGUGCUUCAAUAGGCCGCAAGUAGGCACCGAGAGAAACGCACGAAGUAACUGAUUAUUCGCCGCCGUGUGAGCAGCCGUGUUGACCGUUGUCUCUAUUGCUUGCACGUGCACGCAAACAGCAGGUCUGAUACAGUGGCCACGGCUCGCGACUGUUUGAUGUUCGUAAGCGCUGGAUUUAUCGAUAUGUUUGGAAGAUUGAACUACUCUUGCACGUGUUGAGAGCCCUCGUGUGGUAGAUGCUUAAAAAGACAAACUUCUUACCAGAGUGCACAGAUAAUCUAACCCUUCAAGUGACCACAACAACCGACGUUUCCACACGUGCGGCAUACGAUGGUGUCAAACCAGUGCUCGCUCUAGGCUCUACCUCCCAGCGGGCCGGGCACGUUGGUGUAGGUGAGCAGUUGCGGUAGUAGCGUGUGUGGUGUCUGUUGGCCACAUGUGCAGCAGCAGCACCAGCAACACCAGCACCAGCACCACCAGCAGCAGGACAACAGCAGGCCAGGACCGUAGACUCGGGGAAAUAUGGUGCUCAUCUGUCCGCAGGACCAGGAGUCGGUGUGUCACCGGGACAAGAAAUACGAGCCAGGUUCGAUGAUGAUUUCUGACCACUCGGCUCUCCCAACUUCUCAUGGUGACCUGAACAACAAUAACAAUCACAACAGCAGCAGCCACAUCGUCAGUGACAGUAGCAUGAACGAGUCGAGAAAUAAUCCUCACUCUUUCUCGCCGCACGCGCUGAAAGGUCCAGCAAACUCGCUUGCUCCCGAGGGAGAAUAUGAACAGUAUCAGAAGCGUCAGCUUCAGCAUCAGCACCAAAAUCAAAAUCUUCAUCAACAUCAGCAACAAAAUCAACAGCAUUUACUCCAGCCCAUUCCCCCAGGAGGCCAAAAGUCUUCCUUAGCAUUUGAACAGGAUUCUGUUUUCGAAGGCUAUGACUCUUCAAAUGUAAACACGGAUGACAAAAAGAAUUCGAGGAAACGCCAGUAUCCACACUCAGUAACCAACGAAUAUUCCAUAAAAUCUCCGAAGGACGAGUUGUCAAAUUCUUUGUACCAAAAUCCGGAAACUUCGAACCAGGAAAUCGUGUUCUCCCCUCACUCGUGCCUGUCUGACAGCGGAGACCCGAGUCACCCACACCGAGCUUCAGACGGUCACGAUUCCUCGUCCUCUUCCGGUCCGAGUAGCCGUAAGAAAAGCAAGAAACAAUCUCAAAGUUUUGAAGAUCUUCAGAGUCAGAGGGUCCUUGCUAACGUGCGGGAGAGACAAAGGACUCAGUCUCUCAACGAAGCUUUCGCGCAGUUGAGGAAAAUCAUUCCAACUUUGCCUUCUGACAAAUUGAGUAAAAUUCAAACACUCAAGUUAGCUUCCCGAUACAUCGACUUUCUAUAUCAGGUCCUUCGUAGUGACGAGCAGGACAGCAAGCUGUCCAGCAGCUGCAGUUACGUAGCCAGUGAACGGCUCAGUUACGCCUUCAGUGUGUGGAGAAUGGAAGGGGCGUGGUCCACGCUUGGCCACUAGCUGGCUGGGUUGUCGUUGGGACACAGAUAUCGUGAUCAGAGCUGAGAUACCUCUUCCAAAAUUGGCGUCCAGAUGGCGUUUCCAGAAUAUUGCUUCCAAUUCGGACUUGGCACGAAAAUCAAACAAGACAAUGACAAGACCGGCAGAAAGAGCUUCAAUUUUCUGUUAUACUUCAAAGUUUUGGCAACUACCUGAGUGUUUUUCUGUGUUUUAUAAAAGCAUUCUGGGUGUUCAGAAGAAUUUGGAUUGUUUAAGAGAAUAUAUUUGGGGUUGUCUAUACCCUGUCCAUAUGUCAUAGUGAUAUUUCGGUGGUGAUGAGAGAGUAGUUCAGAAACAAAUUCACGACUGAAACAUUCAUCAUGGUGCUGGCCACAUGAACUUGAGACCAAACUGGAUGACUGGAUGGUGGAGGUGGUGAUG